AAUUUCAGUUCAAAACCGUCCGUCGAGCGAAUGUAACGCGAAUCAAGGCUGCCGCGACAAUCACCAGUAGUAGCCCACUUUGCAAUUAAUCAAGUGGUUUGUGUGUGUUUGUGUGAGUGAGUGGUAGUAACAGGAAAAGGGUACAUUGUCUAAAUUCUGUUCUUCUGCCCUUUUGAUCUAGUAAGUGAGAGUGAAAUCGCGAGUUCGGUGGUGUGUUUUUCGAGAACUGCGAAACGACAAAGAGCGCAGGUGGAAAGGUGCAUCGCGCGGUUUUUGGUUGUCGAUUGACGGGGCAAAGAAAAUCUCGUGAUUUGCUCGCGUGUGCUUGGAACCACCGACCUCCGCCCGGUACGCGGUACGACGCCAGACGUCUGGACGGAGAAAUUGUGUUUUAGUUUUGUUUUGUGGUGCGCAAAGUGGUGAAUCUCGCAAGCUGGAGGAACCGGAUGGGAUGCAAACAUCUAUUGAAUCAUCGGGAGUAGUGACUAUGACGGCCAUUCCCGACAGUGUGGUACCUGCGGCCACGUCGCUAGUACCGAACAAUGAACCUCCCCCUGCUUCUCCGCCUCCGGCGGAAGCGGAAGCGAAAGCAAACAGUAAAGUAACCGUGGAGGAGAAAACAUCUGCAACUGAAACGGAGCCAUUACCGACAGAGAAUGGAGGCAAGCCACCGAUAAUGCAACAAAUAAACAAACUUCUUACCCCACCGGAUGAUUUACUCCAGUGGAAAGAUAUGCCUCAGCAUUUGCAAUUCAAUCCUUACGUGCUUACCGGCUACCGGCCGCUGCAGGGCGUCAAGGGAUGCCUUAGCAGUUUGUUCUACGUACAUAACGAGACGAUUAAUAUUUUAACACACGGCAUUCCAAUAGUGUACAUCCUGGCAACAGUUCCGGCAAUGAUGCCAUGGGAGAAAGACUACCGCUUUCUCUCGUGGUGCCAUCUGGUCGGUUCUGUUGCACCGUGGUGCGGCAGCUUCGUCUAUCAUCUGUUCAUGAAUCUCGAGCUGGGCGAAGGAAUCUACUAUCGGCUGCUGCAGCUAGACAUGCUGGGGAUUUGGAUCAGCCAGAGCUUCGGUGCUCUCCCGAUGGUCACCGCAACGGUAUACUGCCUGAAUUGGCCUCUCAAAUGGUUCCUCAUCAUAUCCUACUCGCUGCUGUGCAUUUGGGGACUCUUUAAGGCGAUGACUGCCUCCUCGCCGUGGCAGCGGAGGCUCUGCUUUCUACUGCCCUUCACCAUGCGCAUCAUGCUCACCCUGCUGCGGAUAUCGAAAGUGGGUGGCGGAAAUCCCUCCUCGCUGACACAUGUUUUCCUCCAGGACGCGGUAUCAGCGGUGGGUGGCGUGAUUGGAGCCAUGCACAUACCGGAGAAGUGGUUUCCAGGUUGCGUCGACAUCUAUCUCAACUCGCACAACAUCAUGCAUGUGCUCGUCGUCACCGCUGUCUACUCAAUGCACCAGGCAACCAUCCGGGACAUCGAGUGGAUGCAGCGAGCAGUGUGCAGUGGGGCCGGCUCCAACCUAACCUCAACGAUGAACAUAGACGCCAUCAAUGGUUCCCACCUAGAGCUAUGACCAGCUUGCACCAUCAAUUUCGACGCGCAGAGCUCCAGUCUUGGACAGCUUGUGUUUGGGCUGUUUGUCGCCGACGAAGCUCUUUGCUGUUUCGGCACAGCAGCAGCAUCGCAAUCUCACAAACUGAUGGAUAAGCACCGAUAGAAGAAGAGGGGCCCUGGAUAGGUCUAGCUAACCUCAGCCCGCGAAGGUGGACCUCGAUCGCCAGUGCGUGUGUGUGCGAGAACCAAAAUGCUCAGAAGAAUUUGGAGUGAUUUGUCUUUGAUUAAGUACUUUCUGUUAGCUUUGUGAUACACAGUGCAAAUUAGCGAUACAUUUGAAACGAUUUAUAGAGGCUGAGACGCGUUUCAAAGAUCGUCUGAAUGCACUUUUCGCUUGCUAGUCACUCCUAGUCCUAGUCUAUUUCAUUCCUCCGUGAACGCGUAGAUCUUUUUCUACAAAUUACUCUCUGUAUAUGUAUAUACUUUCCUGCCAAUGGUAACAUUUUGUUUCAGAAAACUGGGCAGUGGAACUAUUGAAAUCGAAAGAAAGCUGGAAUAUAGUCUAUAGGAAAAAAACACAGAUGACACAUAAAAGUCUAUGUUUAUUAGGUUGAAACUAGUCACUAGUUAGAGCAAUUUUUUAAAAGAGUUCUAUUAUUAUUUUAUUUAGGAGACAUCGGGUCUCUACGCGAGUCUAAUCAAACAUAAAUCGGUCAAUACGCAGCUUCCACUCGCCAGAUUUACUGUCGAACUUGCGAGUCAUGAUAUUUUCUUCUUCUUUUCCUUUGUUUACGGAGACUUUAAAUCUCAAGAACACGUUCACAUUACGCCGAGCGGCCUUGGCCGCCUGGUAAAGCCGAACAAAUGUGGAAUUACCGCCCAGGCUUGCCGACGUGCCGAAAACCGACUCGAAACAAAUCGAACCCAACCCAAAACAAGUGGGUCCGGUUCGAGAAAGUCGAACCAAAACAAAACGAAGUAAAUUAGCGUUGACGACAUUGUGCUUCGUGUGUUCGUGACGGCUUGGUACAUCCGAUGGGGCUUUGCCUUCAUGGCCCCGAUGUGGCGUCCACAUUACAUAACGAACCGAAUAUGCCGCCUGGUACAGGCCGAUUGGCAUCUUUCGGCAUAAUAUGGACGCGCCUUCACGAUUCGUUCGUCUCCGUUUCCAUUUUUAUUAUUCCGAGUUUGAAAUUUCUUAUAUUUUGUUGCAAAGUUCUGUUUCUUUCGACAGCUUCAAGAGCAGUCGUAUUGUUAGUCUUCAAAAGCAGUAACAUAUUCGAUGAAAUGUGUCUCUUUCCCAUAUCAUACGCACCGACACUGAGAGCCAUGGUAAUAUUGAUAUGGUAUGGUAAAACUAAUGAAAGUUCGUUUGUUUCUAUGGCCGUGGGGGAGUGAAAACGUCGUGCUAAAAUAUCACUUUCAUUCCUCAUGAUUUCACAAAUAUCCACUACACACUGUCACAUUGUACUCAUAAUCAUCGGGAACUUCAAUAAAAAUAGUUAUGGCAGCGCAUGCUAUGUCGCUCGUCUUCAUUACCUUUAUUUCCAGGACAUUGGUGUAUUCCCGAAUCUGUGUGUGUUUAGGGGUGUCCAGAUUUUGUGGCGAACAAGUCUUAGCGUUCCAUUUGUACUCCAUGGCUCUUUUGAUGAAGUUUGAGGAUUGAUGUCCCCAACAAGUUUAGCUCAAUUUGGUCCUGUUUGGCUUUAAAUAUGGCAGACCUAGCUUCGCUAUGAGUCUUCUGGAAUUCCCUCAGCAGAAUGGACUUGAGCGGACUGUUUGAGUUGGUGUUCCUCAAUUUUCGUAUUGCCUUUCUUCUGCAUUUAAUAGCAGUUUUUAUCUAGGGGGUCCGCAUCUCUUUCCAGGGUUUCCACUGGUUCUUGGGAUGUGUAGUAAAGUAAUUUCAAGGAUGGUAAGAGAAAAUAUUCCUACAAACCAAUCUUGUCUGGUUGAGUGGCGGUUUUCAGUAUCCAACUGAUGACCAGUCCAAUCUGCAUAUUCAAAUUUCCAAUUGCCAAUGGAAAUAAUAACGGGGAAAUGUACACAAUUAGAGCCCCCGAAAACUGCAGACUUCUUGUCGGCCGAUAGUUUGGUCGGUUUCUUAAUCAGUGCGGAGUAUGCGAAGUAUGCACCGUGAAAUCACCUAAACACCACACAAUAAAAAAAAAUUAGACAGCCUCUGUAAAGCCCCCCCUGGCUGGCACUCAUUGAACUGGAUAACCAUUAUAUUCUUUUUUCAAUAUUUCACUUAUGAUUUUUCUUUCUUUAAAUUCUCUCUUUUAUUUCAAACUCACUCAGUCUUGAGAAAGACUUUUUCGGCACUUUUUCACACUCGACAAAACGCAGCGUAGAUUUGGUGGGAAAACUGGCGUUUGGAAGAGUAAGAGUAAGAAGUAAACGUUAGUGGGUAAAGUUUGCAACGAGUAAUACCCGUGUCGUAAUAUUUUCGAUCGAAGCUCUGUCGUUAAGAAUAAUUUCUUAUGUUCGGAGCACGUUUAUCAGCUCUUAUAGAGUGUUAUGGGUUUCAUUAAUACUCAUUUCCGAUACAAACGAACUAUACCAAGUUAGCGAAGUAAUGCGUCUCUUCUCGAUCUUCCGCUGAUUACUCGUGGAGAGAUCAGGAUCCCAAAGCUACAAUUCAUCUUCACUCUUCGUGAGACUUCCGUAUGAAUAGAGCAAUGGUUUCCCUUACUCGUGUGUGCAAGCAUUAAAGAUGUAUAUGUACAUUUAGAUAAUGAGAGCAUUGACCAAUAAUACCAUCGUAAGAACCAAAUUAGCCAUUACUAUCGAAUAAUGAUUUGAUUGCGACUGCACGAAGCAUCGCCUAGAUAAUACGUCUUGCAAAGGAAAGUAAAAAUGAAGCAAUAAAACAGUAGUAUUACACAUACCAAUUACUAGUGAUAUAAAGUCUCUUACUGAGGAACUGUUCCGUAGAGUGUUUGAAUAGAUAAUAGAAAUAAUUAAAACGACUGGUUUCCAUAGAACUCCAGGAAGCACUUCUUACAUUAAAAAAAGGAAACCUGUGGACACAGAAAAAUUUCUCCCCCUUAAAACUGAAAGCCAGAUACGAUAUAUAACUAUACUUGUACAUUGGUACAGGAAACAUAUCACCCGGUUUGAGCUAAACUCAUCGUUAAACGAACACGAAGUCGUUAGAAUAAAAAAAAAAUUAAAAUCAUGCCAACGGAGUUCUUCGAGAAUUUAGCGCUAAAUAAUAGAACCAUUUCUCAGACGUAAGUCCGGCGAAAUCACCUUGAAGAUAUGUUCUAUCGAACAGUAACAAAAAACUUUGUGAUAUAAUUAUAAAUUCUAGAACCUGAAGAGUCACCCAUACGCAUCCUUAAACGAAAUAUUCUACUAGACAAAAACGAAAGACAACUUUAUCGGCUCAGCAUUAAGCAAUUACCCAUCUUUUGGAUCUAGUUCUACCAAAUUUAAGGGAAAUUUGAAAUUGUCGGAACGUUCACCCCUUGAAACCCGACCAAAAAUGAAAAAAAAAUACAAAAAAAAAGAAACGCUUAAUAAUACUAACCUAUUGCCUCUUUCAAAAUUCGAACCCAUUCAAAAGAUCAAAUGCCACUUCAGUGAGUUACGUUAACCUUCCCCUCUUCUAGCUGUAAGAAUGAAAAAAAAAUAGAUCUCAGUAGUUAAAUUAAAGCGGACUUGGAUAGCCAAAAUGGGCAAAAUUUAGACAAGUCACAAGGAAAAAAAAAUACUCUGAACUAUAGCUUGUUUAGAGUAGAAUACAGGAAAAAAAAAUAUAUUGGUCCUCUACUGCCCUAGAUAAUUUUGGACGCAGUACCUACUGUUCGAAAUCUGACGCAUUCCGGUAGUAAAUACUGUAUUUAGUCAAGAUGCUGAACUAUAGGUGUUUCGUUCUUGACACUUUCAGGACAUGACGUGAGACGAGUAGCGAGACGUAACUUUCAGAAUUAUUUACUUUUUGUUUGGGUGUGUGGUUAUGAUUUCAAUGUCAACUCGCUAAGGAAAAAAUAAGCAAAUAUAUAUUCGUGGAAUAUAGUGCACAACCUCCUUUUGCUCUAGCCAAUUACCGUUACAAGCUCUUUCCGGAUCUCCUUCCAGGUAUAUGCACAGCAUUCUCCUCCUUCCUGAGCGAAAUCAGUGGAGCCACAAUCAGCGUUAUUAUUUGUCACCAUCGCCGUAAGCUGAUAGUACUCUUUUCCCCGCCGAUGGAAGCCAAACAGAAGUACAUUUUACAAUAAACAAUAAAGCGCGAGCAGCUAUUUUGCCAACGAAUGCAUUUGUCACCAAAAGAUACGACUUGUUUUGUCAACAAAUUUGUUUUUUCACGAGCAAUGGCCGAACAGCAAUUUUGACAUUGCGGUCCACCUAUAAUACAACGCCUUGGUAUUUAGUGAGGUAAUUGGACACAAAGCCACCUUCGUUGCCGCCGCUUUACCGGCGUCAUAUUUCCGGUUGUUUCGGUUGUUUCCCGAUGUGCGUUCGGCCGCCUUGUCACUAUAGAUCUCAGUACUGCGAACAGUUGUAAUUUCCUUUCUUAUUAGGCGAUAAUUGUAGAUAAUAGAAAGUUUCGAAACAGUAUUUAUUAUCAGAAUGUAUGCGCGGAAGAAAACCACACACACAAACACACACAUACACACUCACAUACGCAUACUUCAUAGUGGCAGAAAUAUUAAGAUGCAACCAUAAUCGAAAUAAACUCUUUUACAUAAACUA